AUGAAUAAAUAUUCAAAAGUAGUUGAUGAAAGAGCAUGUUCAAGCAUAAAGGUGGAGAUGAAUCCAGAGAAGGUAUCGUGGAGGAAGAACAACAUCAAUAGAACACAACAAUCGAAUCCAGAAGAUACAGAUCCAGAAAUCCAAUAUAUCGAUAGGCGUAAUUGA